CAAGGCAUUUAAAUGAAACACGACUAAGAAUUAAAUGACCUUUGUCCACGUCUCCGCGUUAAUGCUGUGUGCCUCCUCUCCUUAAACACUCCGGUCCUGUAACUUGCGUUCUGUGCUCUUAUUUUACGUCUGCUGCUCACUAAGAAUAAGGACGAUUUUGCUUUUUCUAGAUUUUGGGGGUCUCUCAUAUACCAGGUAGUCUGUUCGGAUUUACGAGAUUAUUAUUUUAUUUUUUUCUUGUUGACAGAGGACAUCGCAACAUUAUUCCCGAAAGCCGUGUCAUCACCAAGUCUGGACUUAUUUCCGCGAUUAGGAAGUUGGUUUCGUCUCUGCUUGAUGUGUGACAGAGUAGCUGCUAUGGCUACUUUACCAGGAACAGUACCGCGAAUGAUGCGACCGGCGCCAGGCCAGAACUAUCCUCGCACGGGUUUUCCUUUGGAAGUAUCAACCCCACUGGGCCAAGGGCGCGUGAAUCAGCUGGGAGGAGUGUUCAUCAAUGGUCGGCCGCUGCCAAAUCAUAUUCGACACAAGAUUGUGGAAAUGGCGCAUCACGGCAUCCGACCCUGCGUCAUCUCGCGACAGCUUCGAGUUUCCCACGGCUGCGUGUCCAAAAUCCUCUGCCGCUAUCAGGAGACCGGCUCUAUCCGUCCCGGGGCGAUCGGGGGAAGCAAACCCAGGCAAGUAGCAACACCUGAAGUGGAGAAGCGGAUUGAGGAGUACAAGCGAGAGAACCCCGGCAUGUUCAGCUGGGAGAUCCGGGACAAGCUCCUGAAAGACGGCGUGUGUGACCGGGCCACGGUUCCAUCAGGUGAGGCGUCCUCCGUCAGUUCUAUCAGCCGGGUUCUGAGGGCCCGGUUCGGCAGGAAAGAUGAGGAAGACGACUGUGACAAGAAGGAUGAAGACGGAGAAAAGAAAGCGAAGCACAGCAUCGACGGCAUUCUGGCUGAUAAAGGUAGCCGCACGGAUGAGGGCUCGGAGGUGGAGUCGGAGCCGGACCUGCCGCUGAAGAGGAAGCAGAGGCGCAGCCGCACCACCUUCACCGCGGAGCAGCUGGAGGAGCUGGAGAAGGCCUUCGAGAGGACGCACUACCCCGACAUCUACACCCGCGAGGAGCUCGCCCAGAGGACCAAACUCACCGAGGCCCGCGUGCAGGUGUGGUUCAGUAACCGGCGGGCCAGGUGGCGCAAGCAGGCAGGAGCCAAUCAGCUGGCAGCGUUUAAUCACCUGUUACCUGGAGGCUUCCCAACCACUGGGAUGGCAACUCUGUCUACAUACCAGCUCUCGGAGUCUCCCUACCCCCCCACCACACUGUCGCAGGACGGCAGCAGCACUCUGCACAGGCCGCAGCCCCUGCCUCCCUCAUCCAUGCACCAGGGAGGGCUGCCCACUGACAGCAGCUCCGCCUACGGCCUCUCGUCCAAUCGCCACGGCUUCUCCAGCUACUCUGACACCUUCAUGAGCCAAUCAGCUUCCAGCAACCACAUGAACCCGGUCAGCAAUGGGCUGUCCCCACAGGUGAUGAGCAUCCUCAGUAACCCCAGUGCUGUCCCAGCCCAGGCCCAACACGACUUCCCCAUCUCCCCGCUGCACAGCAGCCUGGACUCCUCCAGCCCCAUCUCCGCCAGCUGCAGCCAGCGCUCCGACCCCAUCAAGAGUGUGGAGAGCCUGGCCCCCUCCCAGCCAUACUGCCCCCCAACCUACAGCGCCACCUACAGCGUGGACCCUGUCACUGCGGGCUACCAGUACAGCCAGUACAGCCAGACAGCGGUGGAUUACCUGGCUAAGAAUGUGAGCCUGUCGACGCAGAGGAGGGUGAAGCUGGGGGACCACUCGGCCGUGCUGGGGCUGCUGCAGGUGGAGACAGGGCAGGCGUACUAGCCACCCAAACACAAGCAGCACCCCACUUCCUGCU